UGGAAUAAUAGUAGUAGCAGCUCCCAUCCAUCCUCUUUAUUAAUGUCAAUAGCUAGUAACAUCAAGAAGAAUAAACAUUGCAACAACAACUACUCUACAAAUACUGUACAACAACAGCAAAAUAACAAAAUCAAAUGUUAAGCGACGCUACUGGAGAAAAUAUCGCUUAUCGCUCCUGAUCUGCUUAAGUGAUGAGCCGCCCUCAGCAGUUUGAAACAGUGCUGUGAGCUUAAACGUUGUUGUGUGCGCUGUUGCGUUUGACUUUCGGAAAAAGACAUAAAAUAAUACGUUAAUCAAGUGUUUUAAUUAAAUUUCGUAUUAACAUAAAAAAAAAAAAAUUAUUGAUAUAAAAUGCAGCCGAAAAUUUUGAUUUGUUUUCUUUUAUUCUUGAAUUCUGGAAUUUUUUGCUGUUUUGCCUUAAAUCAGUAUCAAAGCUAUGAAGAGGGGAUUUCAAGUACGGAUCGAAAUAUUUAUACGAAUUCAUUGCUGUGUAUGGACAUAAAGCCUCAACACUCUGUGGAUAUUGAACAAAUCACUGGAUUAUGGUAUGGUAACGAGAUCAUUAUUCAUACGCAGGAUAUUCCAGGUGUAUACCAGUAUGAUAGUUGCGUAAUAAUUCAUUUGAAUGACAUAACAGAACAAAUGCGAAAUUACUAUAAUAAUCACCAAUACACCAGUCAACGGCGAACACAAACCAACCAGCCACCUUCCCAACAUCAUCAACAACAUCAACAACAACAACAACCUCAGAGCCAGCGACCAUACAAUGACCAUACAGCAACACGAUACUUACGACUGAUAUGGAGUGAAAGUGAUAAUAAUCUGGAAUACAUGUUUAAUUAUACGGAAAGAAGUCCCGGCCUAUGGACCAAUGUAGGCGAGCAACGCGGGUCAUUAGAGGCGCUAAAUUCAUAUAAACAAUUCAAAGGCACCGUACAGGUGGUAAAGGCGGUUAACGAUCAUUUGGUGCUGACAUUUUGCGGUAAUGAAAUGAGCGGCUCCAUUUACACACUCGUGCUGAGCAGAACAGAAAAAGGGCUGAGUUUAGAGGAAUUGCGUAGCAUCCGAGGUUUGCUAUCCAGACGUGGCUUAUAUACGGAAACGAUUCGAAAGGUGUGCAGCUCUGCGGCUACAAGUUUGGGAGUUAUGAGUAGCUAUUCGUUGGCGCUGAUGGGAUUUUUCGCCAUUGCUAAAUCUUAUUUUUGAAAACAAAUUAUUAAUUUAAGAUUUGAUGUUAGUUCAAGUUUGAAAUUUAUUCUAAUUUUAUGUGCCUAAUUUUAUGCUUUAAUUUUGUAGUGUUUGUCCAACAUACUGAUUCAUAAAUUUUGUGUACAAGAAUAAUACAUACAUACAAACGAGUAUCUAUGCACACUAGGGUGGCCCAAAAGUCCACA